AUGGCAGCAGCGGCAAUUGGGGGAGGCAAGCGCAGGUCGCGCUCCGAGGGCGAGAGCGACAGAGCAGGCUCCGAGCAUGCGGCCAGUCCCGCGCCCUCAUCCCGCUCAUCCAACAAGCAGCAGGUCCGACAUCGGGCCUCCAUCGCCUGUUCGUCUUGCCGCGAGAGGAGGAUACGGUGCGUUGUGGCCGAGGGUGAGACCGAGUGCGCCCAGUGCAGGAGGACAGGGGCGACCUGCAUCAUCAAGGACGACGACGAAAGGCGGCGACCGAUAUCAAAGGCGUACAUGUCAUCUUUGUCAAGUAGAAUCGCCCUGCUGGAGGAGAUGCUGAGGGAGCGUGGCGUUGUCCCCCCUCCAGCAGUGCACCCGCCCAAGACGAGGCAAGAAGCCCAAGCGAGACAGCAGCGAGAACAGCAGCACCAGCAACAGCAGGGCCAAACUCUCAACGAGAGACCGACGACGACGUCGGAAGCAAAACUGCCUCCACCACCGCCACCACCACCACCAGUAAACCAGCCCCCAACCCCGCCAGGGUCGGGCGACGAGGAUGUGAUAAUGGUCGAGGCCGAGCCGCCAAAGAGCAGCCUCCCCUCGGCCAGCCACUCAAGUCUGGCCCGCCUAAUCGACCCGCUGCUGUUGCAAGAAGCCGAGCCGAAGAGGGAAGGCGGGACGCGCCAUCUUCUCGGUGCGAGGGGAAGCUACGUCUACGAUCAGUCGGUUGGGAGGUCCCGGUUCUUCGGUCCCACCGCCAACAGCCACGUUCACGCCAACUCGGCAUGCACCUUCUCCCCGCUAGAUCGGCCCGACCAAGUCCGCCGUGCCGAGCGCCUCAUUGCCGGCCUCCGACCAGCCACCCACGACCAUCUAAUGAGGUGUUUCUGGGACUUCUAUAACCCCUGGCAGCAGGUCGUGGAUGAGACGGCCUUCGAGGCCGGCCGGACCACCCAGGACCCGAGGUUCUACUCGCUGUUCCUGCACCUCGCAAUCCUGGCCGUCGGCUACCGCUUUGCCGACUGGGAUCGGGAGGACGUGAAGAGGACCGCGCUGGGAAACCGGGAGAGUACGUUCCACCGGGAAGCCAAAUCGAUGCUGGAGGUGGAGCUCGAGAAGCCUGGCGGGAUCCCUUCCGUCCAGGCGCUUCUCCUCCUUGCGGACCUGGAAUGCGGCGUGGGCCGCGACUCGGCGGGAUGGAUGUACUCGGGGAUGGCGAACCGGCUAGCAUUCGACAUCGGACUGCAUGUCAACCCAAUCGGGCCGGACCUCUCGGAACUGGAAAGACAGACCAGGCGCCAGGUCAUGUCGGCGUGCGUCAUGGUUGACCGGAAGCUGGCCCUGUUCCUAGGGCGCCCGACCGCCAUCAAGAUACACGACGUCGCGGUUGAUGUGCUGCCCAGAGCUCCUGCCAAGCCCGUGACCGACUCCAACUUGGGCACGGUGGCGAGCCAGGCCGUCAUCUACCGGCAGAUGUUUGAGCUGCUGGAGCUGGGGGGCAGGGUCGCCGACUUCCAGAACUCGACGUGCGGCGCCGCCCACGUGUUCCCGACCAAAGCGGGCGAGGAUCGAGCAUACCUGCACUUCAUCGGCCUGGAGCGGCUCUUCCACAACUGGUACCGCAGGCUGCCGGAGAACCUGACCUGGAAGCCGGUGAACAUCAAGUCGGCGCCCAUGGGCUUCUUCAUGCUUCAUCAGCAGUUCCACAUCUGCAUGAUCCUCCUACACCGGCCGUGGGCCAAAUAUGGGCCCAUGUCGCUCGACGGAUCCGUUGCUGCGCGUUAUCCGAGCCCCGAAUCGCCUGGGCAGGAGGACGCGUCGAGCCGCCUGCCUUCGUGGAUGGCGCCUCUUCCUCAUCAUGACAACAGGGCGUCCAUGUCUCGGAGCAUGUGCACACAGCAUGCCAUCCGAGUCGCCCGCAUCUUCUGGCAUCACCGCCAACGCUUCGACGGGAGGCGCGUUAGCCUGACAGCGAUCCAGCACGCGGGGACGGCGGCCCUCGCGCUGAUGGCAGCGCUUGCGCACAAGAGCGCCGAGCUCGACCACCACAGCAACCUGCGCUAUCUGCAGGUCCUCUCCUCAGCCAUCUAUGACAUGAGCCAUUUGUACCAGCCCGCGGCGAGGAUGUACCAGCUGCUCAAGACCAUGCUCGUCGAGAUCCGGUCCGAGAUGGUCAAGUCGGGCGGGUUCGACGUCAGCACGCUCGUUGGCCGGUACCAGGGCGCCAGCAGCAGCAGCAUGCUGUUUGGGAGCAAUAACCACUGGGGCUCCGGCAGUGACACUAGCUGUCUGUCGACGGACAGGCUGGAGACUAUCCCUGAGGAGCCGCGCGCCAUGAAGCGUCGCCGGCUCUCUAGCCUUUCUUCCGUGGACUACGGCACUAUCACCCCGACGUUCUUGAGCAACAGCCUCCCGGUGUGCCCAACUCCUCCGGGGUCCGCGCAGAGCCGUGAGGGCUCCAACGCGGUCACGGUAGAUCAGGGAUGUGCUGAGACCGGCACCUUUGACCUCGACUUCUUCCAUGCGUCCUUUGCCGACUUCGUCCACACCGGCAACGACGGCACCACCUCGCAGGGCUGGGCAACCACGGGGCCAGCGCCUUCGAGCGCCGAUAACACCGUCCCCAUGCUCCUCCCCAGCACCUCCGGCGACCUCUCGUUCUUGAGCGUCUCCAUCGACAGUGCCGCCGAAAAGGCCAGCGAACCUGCGGCCGCCGUCACAACCGCACCUGCUCCCCCAGCAGCUCCCGCCGCCACCGCCGCCUCUGCCGUCGACGACGACACCGCAGUAGACAAGACCAUCGAGGAGUGGCUGGCUGAGCCGGCCGCCGCCGCCGUGGCGACGCCGUCCGGCGAAGACAACAACCAAGUCACCGUCAGCAACUGCCCGACAUCGACCCCCCUCCCGGCAGAGGAGAUCAUCCACCCGACCCAGCCGCGCAGCAACCUCGCCCACGCGACCGCAGACGGCACCCCGAUCUGCCGCGACCCCCCGGACCACCCCCACGACAACACCAAGCCAGGCAGCAGCAGCAGCGGCAGCGACGGCGGCAGCGGCAACUGCGCGCUCGAGCCACUGGACUCGCUCGAAUCCAUCGACUGGCUGGUCGUCAGCCCCUCGCCCGCGCCCGCGUCCGCCCCCCCGCCACCUCCCCCGCCGCCGCCGCCGCCCCAGCCGCCCAUGACGCCGGUCACGCUGGACGAGCUGGUGCAGAGCGUCGAGGAGGCGGUUGGGUCGGCGCGCGCGCGGGCUGCGGCUAGGGCCCGGGCGGCUGCUUCUGCUUCUGCUUCUUCUUCUGCUGCUACUUCU